AUGGCUCACUUCCAUGCAGCUACUAUUCGCGAUCUCAUAGAUCUAGCAUUUGCACUCAUCCCGGCGAAGCAGGCUGAUACAGAGACACGGGUGCAACGCCAACGCGCACGGGAGGGCAUCAUCUUCACCCACGGUGCCCACUCCAGCAUCCCACUCGCUUCUAAUGCCCGUAUUACCAAUUAUACUAAUGACGCCGACGACUACUCUUACACUGUACAUAUUUUGAAUGGCACCGCGAGCUAUCCCCGACACUCAUUAGACGAUCACAUUCAUUUCACUUUGGCCAACAUACCUAAACAACAAUCCUUUGUUUCUCCGCCCGUCAACAACCCAACCUCGAACACCAUUCCCAACCAGAUUCUACAGGCAGCGCAUCAACGACCGAGGUCAUUGACAGAUGUCGCAGUCUUACUCUCAAUCUGCGAUGAAAUGAAUGCUUUCGCCAACGAGACACCCGGCUCCCCACCUGGUCUGACCGCCUCCAAAUCCUCCAAAUCCUCCACCAAUUGUUCAUCUUCCGCAUCUGGUCCAGACGCAGUCUUUUCAGACGUUACACAUUUCGAAGAUAUUGGCCUCAAUGAGGAGCUGGCAGCACCUCGAUCUUUCCACCAAACCUCAAAACAUGACUUGGGUGGCCAUAAAACACCAAAGCAUAAUAUCUCAGCUGUAAAUCUGAGCGUCACUAGAAGUAAUGCAGCUGUCACAGCACCCAUGCGCGAUCUCACCAAUCAACAGUAUCGUCCGGCGCGCCCACGGCCGCCAGACUCACAUAGAAAUAAUGUGGCCUCGCGGGCACUUUGCUUGCCCAACGGCGCUCCAGCACGCAAGUUCUCGAGAAAUGCAUCUACACCCUCCUUGGCAAUUACAGCUAUGAGCAACUAUAAUAGAUCAAGGUCACCGUCACCAAAGUCUGCCUCCUCACCAUUCCAGCGGCCUUCACCAUUUCCCAAAUCACCUGGCCGGCCCAGACUAACAUCGUCACACACACAGCCGUUACCCAUACGGAAAACCUCUCGACAAACAACCAGAAAGUCAGUCAAGGAGUUGGAAGCUGAAUGCGACGACUCAGAUGAGGAUCAUUUACCGGAUGAUGCCAGUCUCUGGAACGUUCCAAUAUCACCGUGCUCCACUCAGGAAACAGCGCUUCCACUGUCGCCGGGACCGUCUCUGUCACCAGGCCCGUCCCCAAAGACAUCUCCUUCAAUCAGUCCAGAACGAUCAAGCCCCUUGCGUAUUUCCGUUGGUCUAGAUGGAACUCAGAUUACGGCUCCCAGGACUGCGCCAAUACCCAACGUCAGACGCACGUUACCCGCUUCUUUCCAAUCACCUCCUCCGUCACCUUAUGCAUUAUUGCGAGGUAUCUCUCCGGGAGGGAUGCCUAACAAUCCGCCUUUUUCGAGAAGUAAAUCAUGGAAUAUCGCUCUGUCGGAGCUUUCUGAGGAAGCAAAAGCAUUGACGGAAACGCUCAAGACACAUGCAAUAGCGACAGAAUCACGACGCGGAAGUACUUCAAACAGUAGCGAGACAAACGGGUUAGAGAGACUGUCUCGAGCAAAGACUGCACCGCCUGUGAAUCUGCCGCCACUGCGAGCUAACAACAUUAUGAUCGAUCCUCUACCAAUCAGCAAGGAGAAAGAGAAAGUGCUUAGCCGGACACGGCCGAGCUGGCUUCCACCCAAAAGUAAGACGGAGGAAAAGAAGCAUCUCAAGGAAUACAAGCGCAUGAUGGAGCUGAGUCAGGAAGCUGAGAAGCGCAGAGUUGCAAAGACAGCAGAUACACAAUGCGCCAAAGACGAUACCAGAAGCACCCUUCUCCGCAUCUGGGAAGAGCACGUUCUCCCUAAUUGGGAUCAGGUCAUUCGCGAACCUCGCACAAGAGAACUUUGGUGGCGGGGGGUGGCACCCAAAUCACGCGCAAUUGUAUGGCAGAAAGCCAUCGGAAAUGACCUUGCUCUUACCGACGUUACAUACCGCAGAGCACUCGAAAGAGCCAAAGCCAUUCAACAGGAAAUCAAGAAUGGCAAGACUGACAUGCGUCGGAGAGAGAUCGCAUGGUUUGAUGCGAUUCAGCGCGACGUGAAGACUGUCUUUCCAGACCUCAAUAUUUUCCAGCCCGGCGGUCCUCUACACGGCGGUCUAGUUGACGUCCUCAUGGCAUACUCAAUGUAUCGAUCCGACGUAGGAUAUAGCCAUGGUACGCACCUGAUUACCGCCUUCUUACACCUCACGAUGCCGACACCAGUUCAGACCUUCAUUUGUCUUGCGAAUCUUCUCAACCGACCACUUCCUCUUGCGUUUCUCACCGGGGAUCCUGCCGCUACACAAAAAUCGUAUGACCUUACGAUUUCACUGCUUCAAAAAAAAUAUCCCCGCUUGCAUAAUCAUCUUUUUGGCUCUCUGCCUCCAGAAUCUGCCACUGGUGCUUUGCAGAAUGGGAGCCUUUUGACAUCGGCCCAGAAAAGCUCGCAGCCACUCGAUCUGGCUCCUGCAGAGAUUCUGGAGCCUAUGAUCCGAACACUCUUCCUUGCUCCCGGUAAUGGCCUAGGCAUUGACAUUGCUGCCCGGAUAUGGGACAUCAUGCUCUUCGACGGGGACGCUGCAGUCUUUCGCACUGUGGUGGCCAUAUUAGGGCUGUUGGAAAGCAAACUGUAUGGAAACAGGGAGGAUGUGCUGGCAGUGCUCGGUUGGAACGGCAGUCUUGGGGACUUGGGUGACGAGGAGGCCUUUAUAGCCAAAGUCAGAGGCGUGGGGAAAGCAUCUUAA